AUGGCCGAAAGAAAAGCAUUUAAUAUAAUUAAAGCUAUUCCAAUCGUUGGACAAGCAUACGGUGCUGUACGAAGUGUGGUUUAUGCAGCGAAAGGUGACGUGUAUGAAGCAAAGCAUUCUGUUGCAAUGGAUUUAGCAGAUUUAAAUCCAUUAAGAAUACCAAAGAAUCUUGCACAUGGUAUCGCAAGUGUAACGAAUGACCUUGAUUCAGGUGUUUGGAUUGGUCGACGACCUAUUGGUGGUCAACCUCUUGGACUUAAUAUUACUCCUGGUAUUGAUGGAACUCAUUGGUGUAUUCAGAUCAAUGGAGUAAUUUAUCAAUUAGGAUUGAAUAAAAAACAUGAAAUUAAAAUUCGUGUAAGUUCAAAAAAUGAAAAAAGUUCAUUGUACGAAAACGAUUGUAAGGAAUACUCAUGGUAUCUUCUCCAGAAAGAAUUACCAGAUUUUGAUCCUGAAGUAUUAAGAAUUUUUGCAAAAUCGCACGAAGAACGAGAAUAUAGAUUAUUAAUUGCAAUAGGUGGAAAAAUGAAUUGUCAAUCGUUCACAACCAGAAUGUUCGCUGCUGCAGCUAAUAUACCAAUUGAAAAAGCACGAACUAUUAUGCUUACUGUCUUACCAAAUCUUUUAUUUUGA